AUGAGUCUCCAGACAGUCCGGUCACCGUUCGCCUUGAGCGACUACACCCCGCUCUCCGACCACCAGGAGCAGACGCCGAACAGUUUCUACGAAGGAAAACCGGUGCUAUACUACUAUGCGACGGGCGCAAAGGCUUGGAUCCCAAAGUCGCAGCGGGGCAAGCUGCCUUUCUUCCCUGCCGACCUCUCGUCCGAGCCAACCUCCCCCGAGAACAGCGCGUUGAACGGCCAGACCGAAGAGAAUGUCGAACAGAAAGUCGAUCUCUUCGUGAACUCUCGAAACCUCUCUAUUUUCUGUCCCUCGGCGGAGCGCGGUGUCUCAAUUCCCUACCAACAGAUCAGCAUCCACGCGAUCAAAGCCCUCCGUGCCAGCUCCGAGUCCGGCGAUCAGACCUUCCCUUCAGUCUACCUCCAACUCGAACUCGCCGAGGGCGGUGCUGGUGACGACGAGUUCGAAACGGUUGAGCUCACACUGAUCCCUCGGCCCGAACCUUCUACUACCGCAACCUCAACCUCAACGGACCCCGAAACUGCGGGGACGGCAACGCCAUCCAAAUCCGAAGCAGCCAAGCUGUUUGAGGCCAUCUCGGACUGCUCCAAUCUCAACCCGGACCCUGUCCAGGACGGGGAUGACGAGGAGGACGAUAAGGACGGCGCGCAGAUCAUCUUUGAGGGAGACUACGAGCCGGUCGAGGGGUUCAGCGGCGUUUUCGCCGGCGCAAGGGACGGUGGGCUACCGCCUGCCAUGCCUGGUAGUGGAGGCUGGAUCACGGCGGAGAAUGUACAUGAGUAUUUCGACGAGGAAGGGAAUUGGAUUGGUGGUGAUGCGGAAGGAGAAGAGGAAGGCGAAGGCGUGAGUGGUGAGCUGGGGGAAGGGGCUGGUACUGUUCAUGCAAGGGAGGAGAAUGAGCAGGGGACCCGCGCGCGUCCGCGUCCCAGACUGAGACCGCGGUCUUUGCUAUGUCUUGGCCUGGCUAUUUGCAUGUUUUGGUGGCUCGUCCUGCCGUACGAUAAUACCGUCUGGCUGGCCGUCCGCUGGAAUAUCAAGAGACUCGAGGCUGCCAUGACAUCGCGCCCGAGCGAGCAAUGGAUUUACGGGCAGCCGACGUAUCCUGUAGACCUGGGUCAAGACGUCCUGGUCAUCUUAAAGACAGGAUAUGGCACCAAAGACAGGGUGCCAGCUUGGUUCGACUCUCUGAGCGCUGUGAACGAGUUUCGGGAUAUUCUCCUCAUCGCCGACUACGAAGGUGAUAGAGGACAUUACCCCGACGCUUUUCAGCAUCAUGGCGAAUGGCUUAAGGUACAUGACGGUGUGGGACGUGCCCUCCGCCAUCUGCGCGCGCACUUGUCCCACCCAAGGGUUGGCAAGUAUAAUGACCUGCGCGAGGCCAUCGACAAGGGGGACGAGAGACUGGCCCUUCGAUACUGCAAAUCGUUUGGGUGGGAACUGGACGCGAUGAAGUUCAUCUCAGGUCUCGAAUUGGCCUACAAGACAUACCCCGGCAAGCAGUGGUACCUCCUGGUCGACGAUGACACCUUCGUCAUCCAACCUUCAUUGAAGCCGCUCCUUGAACAUCUUGACCCUACACGACCACACUACUUAGGAAACGCGGUUGGUGAUUUCAGGGCCCGUUUUGCGCAUGGAGGGUCUGCUGUCAUUCUCUCACAUGCAGCGGUGAGCGCCCUCUUCAAGACUCCCAAAGCACUUUCAUCCGUGUACGUCGACUCGCUCGAUGAGACGUGGGGCGAUCGGCUACUGGCCAAAGCCCUGCUCAGGCUGGGCAUAUAUCUCGAUGAGACAUACAGCCACUUCUUCAACGGCGAGCCGCCACUGCUCAGCAAGAUCCGCGCUGACAGGCUCUGCUCGCCGCUUCUUUCCUUCCACAAGCUGGCUUCGCCGGCAGCCAUGAGGAAACUCGGUGACCAGUUCAGAAACAUCAGCAAACCGGUCAUGUGGAACGAUCUCUGGGAAAUAUACGGAUACACACCGCCGUGGAGACAAACAGACGCCACGUUCCACGAGGACUGGGACCAUGUCGGGGCUGUGGAUGAAUCAACCCUCACGAUCCCAAACAUCAAAUCACCCAAGGCCUGUAAGAAGGACUGCGACCGCCGCUCUCGAGCCUGCCUUGCAUGGUCGUGGGAUUCGGAGACCAAGUCUUGCCACAUCAGCCAUUGGAUGAUCGUGGGUGGAGAAGCGCCCGGCCACGUCUCUGGCGUCAAUAUCCCGCGAGCCAGAUAUUUGGAGACCAACUGCAUCCGUUACUGA